GACGACCAAACAGCUUAAGAAAGAGCGGAUACAGAUCAAGAAGCGUCACGCCAAAGAGGGCGCCCUGCUGGACGCCCACAUCCACCAGGUCAGGGAUCAGCUGCUAGAGAUGAGCUGCAGGAAACCCAUGGAGGCGACCUUUACACAGAAAUUUGGUGCUGUGAUGGUGUCAAGGGUGAGGAAACGGUGCGCCAAGAGCGAGAAGGAGGUGGCCGAUAAACUGAAGGAGACCAAGAUGGCGGCGUUCACCGAGAUCAAGUGCCAUCAGAGUAUGAUGAGGAUCAUCGGCAGCCAGCUAGAGAAGGAAAAGAAAACUCUGAGCUACUGGAUGGCAAAGUACGACAGGGACACGGUACGACUUCAAGUCGAACUGGACGAGUUAAAAAACGACAGGGCGAAAACGUUGGCCAGGAUAGCGUACCUUAGGGAGAUGAUCCCCAACUACAGGGAGAUUGUCCAAGACGACAGGCGAGUUAAGAAAAUUGCCCACGAUCGCUUGAUGAAGAGGGACAGAGACAACAAACGGGCAACCAAGAUCCAGGCCUGGUGGAGGGGCACCAUGGUCCGCAACAGUCUGGGGCCGUUCAAAACCCUGUACGGCGAGCUGGUGGCCCACAGGCUGAGCAGGCAACUGGCUAAAGCCGCGGCUAAGAAGAAAAGAUUCUAGACGGAAGUGAACUAUUUGAUUAACAUUGGAACAUAUCACUCCGCAACAAUGUUGAACAUUAACUCUAUUCGUAGUCAUUUCACUACAUAUAAAAAAUAAAGCAUCCAUCACUACUACAUAUAAGUAUGACUAACACGAAUUGCAAACAUUUUCAAGAUUACAAUUACGCGCAUACAUCUUUACAAAAAUCUAUUUAAAGAAAAGAAAAUAC